UUCUAACAGGGUUUGGAAUUCGUUUGGGGGCCGAGGUCGGGGCCUGGAUGAAGACUACGGAAGGACGGUUUAGAUCAGCGUUUGCUGUGGUUUCAGGGAACACGCGUGAGUAUGUCGUUAGCGCUCACCCGCUGUGUUCAGCAUCUUGACUGGUGUUUGGGGAGAUGUGAGAAUAUCCGAGUCCCAGCACUCAUGCGUCUCUAAUUGGUUGAGAUGACGAGUUAAAGUUAAGUAGAGGCGCAGCAAAGUUAAGUGGCGCUUUAAAGUUAAGCGGGAACCUUAAUGAGUGGCGAGGCAAGAGGCUCGAGAAGAAAGAUCGAACCUACAGUGCUCAGGCCAGACUCUGAGUUACUCCUUCAUUAGCAUAUUGUGGAAGUAGAUCACCUGCUUUGAAGAUUAAACUUGAAGGUCGGCUACAGUUUUCUGUUCUGUCAUCAACAAGUAGAGAUGAUAAACAGUGCAUAGUUUUGAAAGCAUUUGAAGAGUUUAAACCAACUGUUUAUGUUUUUUGGUAAAUCUGUAAGAGGUCUUUCCACAGAAUCGAUGUCUUUGGCUCCAACAACAAACUAUAUAUACACACCCCUGAAUCAACUUAAGGGAGGUACAGUUGUCAAUGUCUAUGGUGUUGUGAAAUUCUUUAAGCCUCCAUAUCUAAGCAAAGGAACUGAUUAUUGCUCAGUUGUAACAAUUGUGGACCAGACAAAUGUUAAGUUGACUUGCCUACUCUUCAGUAGAAGCUAUGAAGCCCUUCCAAUAAUUUAUAAAAUUGGAGAUAUUGUUCGCUUUCACAGGCUUAAGAUCCAGGUAUAUAAAAAUGAGCCUCAGGGAAUCAACAGCUCUGGUUUUGCAUCUUUGACAUUUGAAGGAACUUUAGGGACUCCUGUCAUACCACGUACUUCAAGCAAGUGUUUUAACUUCACUGCUCAGGACCACAAAAUGGUAGAAGCCUUACGGGUUUGGGCAUCCACCCACAUUUCACCUUCUUCAACAUUAGUGCAGCUGUGUGAUGUUCAGCCAAUGCAGUAUUAUGACCUGACUUGUCAGCUCUUGGGCAAAGCAGAAGUGGAUGGAACAUCAUUUCUUCUAAAGGUAUGGGAUGGCACCAGGACACCAUUUCCAUCCUGGAGAGUCUUAAUACAAGACCUUGUUCUCGAAGGUGAUUUAAGUCAUAUUCAACGGCUACAGAAUCUGACAAUAGACAUCUUAGUCUAUGAUAACCAUAUCCAGGUGGCAAAAUCCCUAAAGGUUGGAAGCUUUCUUAGGAUCUACAGCCUCCAUACCAAACUUCAGUCAGUGAAUUCAGAGACCCAGACUUCACUGUUAAGGCUGGAGUUUCACCUUCAUGGAGGUACCAGCUAUGGCCGGGGGAUCAGGGUCUUGCCGGAAAAUAACUCUGAUGUGGAUCAGCUGAAAAAAGCUUUAGAAUCUGCAGAUUUGACAGCCAUUCAGCCUUCAGAUGAUCAGUUGGAAAACGAGGAGAACUUUCCAACACUUUCAAGCUCUGGAUCAGGAUCAGUAUCACUAUAUGAGGUAGAAAGAUGUCAGCAGCUCUCUGCUACAAUACUGACAGAUCAUCAGUAUUUAGAGAAAACACCUUUAUGUGCUAUUUUGAAACAAAAAGCUCCUCAACAAUAUCGAAUCCGAGCCAAACUGAGAUCAUAUAAACCGAAGAGACUUUUCCAGUCUGUUAAACUUCAUUGUCCUAAAUGUCAUUCACUGCAAGAGGUUCCAUAUGAGAAUGAUUUGGAAACAAUUUUGCAAGAUGCCGCAACUAAAACCCCAAACAGCAAGCUACAAAAUACUUCAUUAUAUGAUUCAAAAGUCUGGACCAGUAAAGAUCAAAGAAAACGAAAAGUAGCUAUUCAUUUUGUGAAAAAUAGUGGCAUUCUCCCUCUAUCAAGUGAAUGCCUAAUUUUAAUAGAAGGAGGAAUGCUCAGUGAACUCUCCAAGCUCUCAAGCAAGUUUCACAGUGUGAUCCCUGUGCAAUCUGGCCCUGAAGACCUGGAGCUGCUGAGCCUUGAAGCACCGUUCCUCAUCCAAGGAAAUGUGUAUCAUUAUGGAUGUAAGCAGUGUUCAAGCUUGAAACCUAUACAAAACCUAAGUUCCCUUGUUGAUGAAGGAUUAUGGGUUCCUUCCGCAGUGGCAGAAGCUCUGGGUGUUGUACCUCUGCAGUAUGUCUUUGUUAUGACUUUUACUCUUGAUGAUGGAACAGGAGUAUUGGAAGCUUAUCUCAUGGAUUAUGACAAAUUCUUCCAGAUCCGAGCCUCAGAAGUCCUUACUGAUGACAACCUUCAGAGAAGUCUGGACAUGAUCAUGAAUAUGUUUUGUCCUCCGGGAAUAAAAAUUGAUACGUAUCCAUGGUUGGAGUGCUUCAUCAAGUCCUAUAAUGUCACCAGUGGAGUGGAGCAGCAAAUUUGCUACCAGAUUUUUGACACCACGGUUGCAGAAGAUCUUAUCUAAUGCUGUCAUUCAAUUUAGCAUGUGUGAAAUUUUGUGAUCUUAGAAAGCAUUAGAACUCUUUGUGGGAUU